AUUUACUUUUUUUACAUUUUCUUUAUAGGUAAUCAUAAUUAUGAUUAUUUUUUAAUGAUCGUGUUGAUUUAACUUUUCACUCCAUUUAUAUUGUAUUACCUACCGAACUUUUAUUCAAUUUGGGAACUGGAUAAAUAAAGCGUGAAUCUGGCAGACUAGUUUAGCAUGCCCAGUUAAUGGUUAUUAUCAUGAUAUGUCACCGCUGUCAGAAAUCACUGCGCAUCUGCGACGGCAUCAGGUGUGAAAAAUGCAACUCAGGGUACCACCUUACGUGCGUCGUCGGUGGCCGUACGAAUAUAGAACUAGAGUCAGGUGACAAGGCUGUCCGCUGGGUUUGCGCCAGUUGCCAAAACCCUACGAACAAUAGCAAGCUCGAACUCACCGAUGCUAAAUCUUUUCUUAAAGCCAUCAAUGCUAUCACAGAAAAAUUCGAACUGGUCAACAAAAUCCAGCUGCCAAAAAUAAACAACGAUCUGUUACAGAUAAAAUCCGUAACGGAUCGAAUCGUCAAACAAAACGAGGAGAUACUGUUGAAAAUCGAGGAGGUUAAGAGUAAAAAACGUGGAGAGCAGUCGAACUUCAUUCCACCGAAUCACUACCGGCGCAGGAAUCUGAAUUUGUCUCCUAGAACGAGAACUUGUGAAGAACAGGCGCCAAUUUUAGGCCCUGAUAAAAUUGUAAGGUAUAAAACACGCAGGAGAUCGUAUUCUCUACUAAAGAUGUUGCUUCAAUUAAGUAGAAAAUUACACAAAGGGAGGACAACAAGAAGAUAGCUGUUAAUAAAUAAAAGUUUUAUUUCUUCUA